AUGAGUUUAUCUAGUGAAUCAAAAAAACAGUUACGCGAAUCAUUACAACAACAGUGCCUAAAUCAAAAAUCGGCUGAAUAUAAUGAAGCAAAAAGGCUUUUUACAGGUUUAACGGAUCUUGAUUAUAAACCUGGUCAUAGAGAACAUACAUUUUAUAAAUACUGGCUUGCAUCUAAUAGUCAUGCCAGCUCUGCUGAUAGAAAUGAUACAGCACUUUUAGAUGCAUACCAACCCAAAGAGAUUCAUUCUCAAUAUAUAAUUCGAAUGGUGGAAAAAGGUUAUACAGUGAUUGAUCAUCCUAGCAAAGUUUAUGGAAUACCUAAUACUCAUGAAUUCGCUUGUGCAGAUGCAUUAAGCCUUAUUCCAGAUUGUAUGCCUUUCUUAAAUUCUUUUGCCGUAGCUAGUUCAUCAAAUGCUGAGAAAUGUAGUUGGCAUAUUAUUUAUCCUCGUGCCCAAUUCAUAGAUUAUAGAGAACUAGGGAUUCACAGAAAAACAAAAGAGGGACGCAUAAAAAGACCUGCUAUCUCUUCCAUAAAAAAUGGAUUUCAAAAGCUAGAGGAUUAUCUGGUUCAGCCUAAAGAGAAUUAUUCUGAAAUCCUUCCACGAACCUUUUCAGAAGAAAAGCCAGCAGAAGAGGAAUUUAAACCUAUUGAUGACGAUGAUGCUUUGGUUAAAGGAGCUAAUUUAGCUAUUGCAGAAUAUGGGUGGCUCCAGAUUGGAAGAAUCGAGAAGGGAUUCAUCAACUUUCAAGCACAAUCGGCUAAAGAAUGUCCUAUAUGUGACGUUAAACAUGAAAAAGAUCAACUCUACGGAUUUAUUCGAAAAAAUGGUUAUUUUAUACUCAAGUGCUAUCGGCAAAAACAGUACAAGCCAGAUCACAGGGGCCUUAGCUUCGGUAAGGUAUCAGACAAAGUUGAGUCGAAAGAAAAGCCUAAGUGGGGAUUAAUUGAAAGAUUACCCAAUGCCAUAUUAAAUCCACACCCACUUGUCAAAUUAUCUGGAAAAAUCAUCAAUGUAAAGGAAAUGAAAGAUGCACCAGAAGCUUACCCCGAUUUCUUAAGCGAGAAUCUCACUACAACUCUUAUUUGCUCACCUGUUGCUAGUGGCAAAACAAAAACACUAAGAGAAAUUCUCAAUUCCUUAGCCAAAAAUGGAGCAAAUUUGCCUUGUUUUAACUGGGUUUCAUAUCGUAAAACUCUUAGCAAUGAGACUAAAGCUAAAGUUGAAAUAUUGCAAAAUUCAGGACUCCGUGUAUGCCAUUAUCAGGAAAAUGAGGGUGAUUUAGCUAUACGUGACUGGGAUGUUAUUAUUGUCCAAGUUGAAAGUACCCAUCGUCUCAAUUUCUAUGGAAGACGUUCAUAUGUAGUUAUCCUAGACGAAAAUAAUGCUAUCAUGCGUCAAAUGUCUAGAUUAUUAAAAUCAGCUGUUCAUGUUAUUUCUAUGGACACAUUUGCAAAUGAAUCAACUUUAAACUUUUUGAGACAAUAUCGAGGUGGAGAUAUAAGAAUUUUUGAUAACGAAUAUAAGCCACGUAAAGGUGAGACUGUUAAAAUUCUUUAUGAUCCAGAUAAAGGAUCAGAAGCUAUAUGUAGGGGUCUUAAGAUGCUUCAGGAAGGUAAGCGUGUUGUCUUUUCAAUGACCUCCUGCAAAAAGGCUCGAGCAUUAGCUAAUCAAGCAUCUAAGUUGCAAAAACCAGACGGCUCAUUUAUCUUGUCACGUGUUUAUUUUGGCCAAAUGGAUGGAAAGCAACGGCAGGAUGACUUUGCCGAUAUUAAUGCUACUUGGAGUGGUCUUGAUUGUGUGGUUUAUACAAGUACUGUAGAAGCUGGCAUCUCUUUUGAAAUUUCCAAUCAUUUUGACGCAGUUAUAGGAAUUAGUAAUAUUAAUACAGGAGUGCAUGCUGAAGCUUUUGCACAAAUUAAAAGAACUGGCAUUUUCAAAGAACCAAAUCGUGAUCUCAUUCGUGCUGAACUUUCUGCUCUGAGACCUGGCGACUUGCCAACUGCUAUAAAAGGACAUCGUGAAUGGAAUAAAAUAGCCGAUUGUUAUACUCUUGAUUCAUCACCAGCAGUAGAAACCUAUAUUGAAGUUGAAUAUCAAAAACGCUUAUCUGCCAAAUAUUUUCCUGAAAUUCUAUGUAGUCUCAUUGCUAGCACUGGUGCAACACUCGAGUUAAUUUUGGCAGAAGAUACUGAAAAAGUUAAUAGGAAUGAAAUUUCCCAUACUAUUAAGAAUACUGAGAAAAAAAUUAAAGGUGAAGAUGCAGAUUUAAUAGCCAAUGCCCCAGAUAUUAACCCCGAUGAAGCUGAGAUUCUUAAACAAAACCCUAUACGCUCUUUUACUGAUAACUUGACUUUACAGCGACAUUAUUUGUGGAAAAUAUAUGCUUCGGGCGAUAUUGGAGGCAAGGAUGAUAUUCGAAACUGGGAUAUGAUUAAUGAUGAUUGGGUUAAACUUUGUGACAUAGAUUUUGUGAAAAGAUAUAAUAAUCCUGAACCUUUAAACCAUUUUAGAAGGCUGGCGUAUUAUCGAAGACAAGGUUUCAAUGCGUCAAAUUCCAUAGAAAAUCUAAAAAUCAAAGAAGAAAUGCAGUGGGAAGAUUCACAUGAAUCUAUAGAUCCGUCUUCGGUUGAUUUGCAUAAAUUUUAUUUGGCAAAGCAGUGGGAAGCAGUACAUAAUCUUGUCCAAUCUAUAGGCUUUAGAGAUAUAGAUGAUAAGAAUAUUCUUUCUGGUGAUGAUACCAGAGCUAAAGGAUUACCUGAUCUCAAGGCUACAGUAAAAUUGAUUAAUGCAAUAGUAGGAAAUUGGUGUGGUUAUACCAUUAAGAGUGGUGAAACUCGUGUAGGUCCAAGAACUAAUCGAGUACGGAAAAAAACAUACUGGAUUAAUCGUGUGCCAGAUAAUGGAGCUG